AUCCCUGGACCCCCCAUGGCUGUCUCUGGGAAGGGGUAUACGACGUCUGUGGUGGGAGCGCCGAGAGAGGUUCCUCUUUUCACGCCGACAGGUCUCACGGUUGGUACUGAAGGAGGAAGAGUCGACUUGGAGAAUAACAUCAUACAGGGAUAUAUCCCGCCGAUAGUUUCGAUUCUGCUGCAAGGAACUGGAAUAAUAAAAAUGUCAAAAAUAAUCGAGUGUGUGCCCAAUUUUUCGGAGGGACGUAACAAAGAGGUCAUCGAUGCCAUCGCUGACGCUGUUCGUAACACCCUUGGCGUGACCUUGUUGGAUGUUGACCCUGGGGCAUCAACAAAUCGUACAGUCUACACCUUUGUUGGAGAUCCAAUCAGUGUUGUAGAGGGAGCCCUUAACGCUGCUAAAGUUGCCUUCAGACUUAUUGACAUGACAAAGCACAAAGGUGAGCAUCCGAGGAUGGGAGCCCUUGACGUCUGCCCUUUCAUCCCCGUCCGAGGGGUGACGGUUGAAGACUGCGUUGAAGUUUCUAAAACCUUCGGAGCCCGAAUGGCGAAAGAGGUCGGGGUUCCCGUCUUUCUUUACGGUGCCGCUGCUACCCAGGAAUACCGGAAAACUAUGCCCCAAAUAAGAGCUGGGGAAUAUGAAGGACUGAAGGAAAAGCUACAAAAACCAGAAUGGGCUCCAGAUUUCGGCACCAGAGAUUUUGUUCCCAGCUGGGGGGCCACUGUGACGGGCGUUCGGAAAUUCCUUAUAGCCUACAACAUCAACCUUCUGUCCACAAAGGAACAAGCUCACAGGAUUGCACUCAAUCUCCGUGAGCAGGGCAGAGGAGCUGACCAACCAGGACGUCUCAAAUGUUGCCAAGGAAUUGGGUGGUACCUCGAAGAAAAAAAUAUUGCGCAGAUAAGCAUGAACUUGACAGAUUAUGAAGUGACACCCAUCCACGUCGCAUACGAGGAGGCUAAGAAAGACGCAGAAGAGAUGAAACUAGCGGUCACUGGAUCCGAAAUUGUAGGGCUGGUGCCUCUCGCAUCAAUACUCCAAGCUGCGGAAUAUUACAUUCAAAAGGAAGGCCUCUUUAUCCUUGACGAAGACCAGAAGGUCCAUCUCGCUAUAAAUCGACUUGGCCUUACAACUAUUUCCUCUUUCAAUCCGAAGGAACGCAUUAUCGAAUACUGCCUUCAGAAGAGUGGUGACCAGCAACUGUCCCAGGGAACUGUUGAGCAGUUUAUCCGGGGUAUAGCAGCUCGCACGCCAGCUCCUGGAGGCGGCUCUGUUGCUGCAACAGUUGCCGCAAUGGGUGCAGCUCUUGGCGCCAUGGUGGGACAGUUGACGUACGGCAAGCGCCAAUGGGAACAUCUGGAUGCAACUAUGAGGAGACUGAUCCCUCCUCUUCACAAUACUGCCACGUCUCUUAUCCCAGCCAUCGAUGCAGAUACUGACGCCUUUAAUAAUUACAUGGCUGCAAUGAAAUUACCUCAGAAGACUGAAGCUGAGAAAGCUGCCAGAGAGGCAGCGAUGUCAGCGGCAACGGAUAGGACCAUCCAAGUGCCCCUCUCGCUCAUGAAGAACAUCAACCACCUAACAUGGGAGGCUCUCGUUGAAAUGGCUGCUGUCGGCAAUAUUAACUGCAAAUCCGAUCUUCAGGUCGGUGCACGAUGCCUGGAGGCAGGGGCAUGGGGAGCUUACUACAACGUCUUGAUAAAUCUUGACAACCUAAGUGGGGGGUCAGCCAAAGCUAAAUAUUUGCAAGAAGCAAAUGAUCAACUGGAGAAAGCCAGAAAAGGGUGUGCAUCAGUUUUAGAUGCUGUGGACAAAAGGAAAGACAAAUAGUUCAUUUGAUUACAUACCACAAUAACAAAAUGCUCAAGCUCAUCCAUGAAAAAAAAGAUCUUUCAUUUCACCUAUCAUUAUGCAUAAGGGGAAUACUCGGAAAUCUGAAAAGCCUUACAUAUACUUUAUAAAAUGGGUGCGCAGAGCAUGUACACUGGUAAAGGUUGAGAAUGUCUCCUUUUGUGGUGAAGCAACUAAGUUACACUUUCUUUGGUAGCACAUGAUGUAUACCUCCAUAUAACAAAUAAAGAAGCAAUCACCAUAAAAAAAAAAUGCCUCUACCUCUACUAGGGGGCCAUCUUGAAGAAACUACCUCCUGAAGCAGUUCGCUUCGUUAAGACUUUGUUU